UAGACGAUUAGUAUAUUAGCAUCUGGUCUUGAUUCAGUGCGGAAAACCAAAACUCGAAAGAAAAUAAAGUUGGUGAUCUUUCCUAGUCAUACUUUAAAGCUUUUAAAUCCUACAUCAAUAAUUAAAGCUUGAUUAGUUAUCUUGCGGAAAAAAAUUGUCACAGACAGAGUCUGCCACAUCGAUAACUGGACGAGAUAUUAAUUAAUAUAUGAUAUAAAUGUGUCAAUCCAUUUAUUUUAGGUUAGAAGCUCAUCGAACUUAACAUGAUAUCCGAAUCUGAACACAUUAUGUCCAUCUGAACCAAAAUUGAUCCGGCUUAUCAAAAGAUAUUCGAUCGAUCCGGCCUAUCAAAAGAGACUCGACCGAUCCUGCUUUUCUUCAAUAGUAUGUAUGCUUGUAUAUAUAGAUAAUUGUGGAAAAUGUGAAGUGUCUUAUGAAAUGCAGUUUGACUAAGCUGAGAUUUAAGAGAAAACUAAAACUUUACAUCAUCUUAAUUUAUUUAAAUUCAAAACACACACUUAUCUUUAUGAAAUGUUUGUUAAAACUGAAUUAUAUGUUAGGGAAAGUCUCUAUUGCUUACUGAAUCUUACUAACUUGCUUACCACAUUGGUUGAACAUUUGUCUGAAAUGACAUCAGGUUGUCUCCAUGGAAUUGACUCGGAUAGCAUGCAACGAAUGAAAAGAUAACUAAAAUCUUGGAUCAUUUAACCAAGUUGGGGCGGUUCAAAAUAUAACACAAAUAUUUAAGAUAAUGAAAUAAUAAUUUUUAGAAAAACCUAUGUAAAUAUAUGGUCUUAUUAAAAUCAGAAAUUAACAAUUUAUAUAUAUAGUUUAUAUAAGUACAAACAAAAUUUUGUAUUGUUUAUUUUAUAUUCACAAUGAAGUUCAUUUUUAUUUUCUUAUUAACACUUCAAUAAAUUUUCUAUAAUAUUUAGAAACAUUAUAUCUAAAACAAUAUCUGAAUUUUAUGAGGUAUAUUUCAUAUACACUAAAUAAUUUAGUAAAGCAAUAUGUAAGUCGAAUUUCUAAAAUUUACUUAAUAUAUAUGUAAAAUCUAAAAAAGAAAGUUUACUGUAUAGCACACCUAAUGUAACUAUUGAAAACUCUAGUGGAAACUUUUUGUGUCAAGGUGAUAGACACAGGUUAUACUGAAUUACUGAUAUGUUUUCCAAAAACAAUGAAAUGAAGAAUUACCAAUCUUAUUUUUGUUACAGAGGCUAUAUGGCUCAUGAAUAUUAAAUGAGGGGAUCGAAGGGUCGCCUAAGAGAAAGACAUAUGUUUACAGCUUCGACGUGGUGGCAUUGUAGAUCGUUUGUGUUGCAGAAGGGGAUUUUGGUGCGAGCUGGAAGGAAUGUUCGAUGUGAUAGCGGCAGAGCCAAUGAUCAAGUAAAGGCGCUUAAGGAGAUAGCCACAACACUUGGUAUCAAGGGAUUGGACCUCACAUCAGAAGAUCCUUGCUCUAGGAGCAGUCUAAAGUUUGAUUUCAAUCAGACUGAUGGUGUGGACAACACCAUUAAUUGUCAAUGUGAUAACAUGAUAUGUCAUAUUACCGACUUAUCUCUCAAGACCAUGGAUCUUCCUGGGAAACUUCCGCCUCAGUUAGUCAAGCUUCGAUAUCUCCAGUCAAUAAACUUGUGCCGUAAUUACCUUUCGGGUUCAAUCCCGAUGGAGUGGGCUUCAAUGCCAUACCUCACAAACAUUUCCCUCUCCGCGAAUAAUUUGUCUGGGCCUUUACCUACUGGUUUACAAUACUUCAAGAGUCUGACAUUCCUAGGGGUUGAAGCCAACCAGUUCUCUGGUCCUAUUCCUGAUGAGCUUGGUAACUUGUCCAACCUAACAGUAUUGGAACUUGCGUCCAAUCAAUUUACAGGAAGACUUCCUAGCAGUCUAGCUAGACUGGUAAACCUUGAGAAAUUUAGGAUAAGUGACAAUAACUUUACUGGCAUCAUCCCAGAAUAUAUUGGCAACUGGUCUCGGCUUACAAGGCUAGAUCUACAAGCAAGUGGACUGAAAGGACCUUUUCCUGAUGCAGUGGCGCGCCUAGAAAAUAUUACUUACCUGAUGAUUAGUGAUAUGACCGGGAUAAACUCCUUUCCUAAUAUAUCUAGCAAAGUCAUCAAAAACCUGAUAUUGAGGAAUGUGAGUAUGUCUGGUCCAAUUCCUUCUUACAUCUGGAGUAAGCUUUACUUGAGAAAUCUUGAUUUAUCAUUUAACAAGUUGACUGGUGAUGUAAAUGGAGUAAGGGCACCAUACUAUACCUAUUUGACUGGAAAUAGGCUCUCUGGAGACAUUGAAUUUGAUGGUUUUCUCAAUAGCAAAUCUAAUAUUGAUCUCUCGUACAACAAUUUCUCAUGGUUGUCUGGCUGCCAGGAAAAGAUUAACAUUAAUACAUACCGGAGUUCAUAUUUGAAGAACAACUUAACUGGGCUUCUUCCGUGUGCUGGUCCUAUCAACUGCACAAGCUAUCGGCGGUUUCUACAUAUAAAUUGUGGUGGAGACAGCAUAGUUACUACAAACUCUUCAUAUAAAAUCACAUAUGAAGCUGAUAAUAACGUUACCAAAGCCGCAACAAAUCAGCACAUCAAAAAUUGGGGAAUCAGUAAUACUGGUGACUUUAUGGAUGAUGAUAUUAAUGAUGACGCAUACACCAUUUCAACUAGUAUGACACCACUUGGAGAUUCUCAUGGUCUUUAUAAGACCGCACGUCGAUCUGCUCUCUCUCUUGUUUAUUAUGCAUUUUGCUUGGAAAAUGGAGACUACAAUGUGAGCCUCCAUUUUAUGGAGAUUCAGUUUUCAGAACCACAUGGUAGUCUGGGCAGACGCAUAUUUGAUGUCUAUGUUCAGGGUAAACUGUUCUUGAGGGAUUUUAACAUCAAAGAGGAGGCUAAAGGGAAUCUGAAGCCUGUUAUCAAAGAACUGAAAGCUGUUGAUGUGACCGAUCAUAUGUUAGAGGUCCGGUUGUAUUGGGCUGGGAAAGGGACAACAAUGAUACCCAAAAGAGGAAACUAUGGUCCUCUUAUCUCUGCAAUCUCCUUGUGUCACAGCCAGGAGCCACGAUGUGGAGCGGAGAAAAUCAAACAUCACAUUAGAUAUCCCCUUAUUGUGGGGGGAACGGGUGCCUUGGUAACAAUUAUUCUCUUGGCUUUGGGAAUAUAUGGUCGGAGAAGAUGCAGAGCAGACAACAACACAAGAGAACGUGAUCUGAGAGCACAGGGUUUGCAAACUCUUUGUUUUACAUGGAGGCAACUUCAAGCUGCAACAAACGAUUUUGAUCAAGCCAACAAACUUGGAGAAGGAGGUUUCGGAUCCGUAUUCAAAGGAGAGCUGUCAGAUGGAACAAUCAUAGCAGUGAAGCAGCUUUCUUCCAAGUCAUGCCAAGGAAAUCGAGAAUUUGUGAAUGAAAUAGGAAUGAUCUCAGGUUUGAAUCAUCCAAACCUUGUCAAGCUUUAUGGAUGCUGUGUCGAGAAGGAACAAUUGCUGCUCGUGUAUGAGUACAUGGAAAACAACUCACUUGCUCUUGCUUUAUCCGGAAAGAGCGCAACAAAGUUAGAAUGGGCAAUGAGACAAAAAAUCUGUGUAGGAAUCGCAAGAGGGCUUGCAUUCCUCCACGAAGGAUCUAUAGUCAGGAUGGUUCAUCGUGACAUUAAAACAACAAAUGUGCUUCUAGAUGCUGACCUAAACGCAAAGAUAUCUGACUUUGGAUUGGCUAGGCUCCACGAAGAAGAACACACUCACAUUAGCACCAAGAUUGCAGGAACCAUCGGAUACAUGGCUCCAGAGUAUGCAUUAUGGGGUCAACUAACAGAGAAAGCAGACGUGUAUAGCUUCGGAGUUGUGGCCAUAGAGAUUGUUAGCGGCAAGAGUAACACUAAACACAAGGGAAGUGCUGAUCACGUCUCCCUUAUCAAUUGGGCAUUGAUGCUGCAACAGACAGGGGACAUAAUGGAUAUUGUAGAUCCAGUUCUUGAAGGUGACUUCAACAGCAAAGAGGCAGUUAGGAUGAUCAAAGUUGCUCUCGUUUGCACACAUUCAUCUCCAUCUUUAAGACCUACAAUGUCUGAGGCUGUACAAAUGCUCGAAGGAGAGAUUGAAGUAACGCAAGUUAUGUCAGAUCAUGGUUUAUAUGGACAUAACUGGAGCAUCUCGAAGAUGAGGGACGUCGAUACACACGGAAGCUCAAGCACAUCUGGUGUUACCGAUCAUCAAACAGAAUCUACAAUGAAGUCCUCUGUUUCUGGUAGUGAUCUCUACCCAUCGUACCCCGAAUCUGUGAUCCUAAAAUCCACAGUGGAGUUACCUUCCUCGUCGAUGUGAUGUCAAAAAUGCUCACGAAGUUAUUGUAUAGGCUACAUAGUCAUAUCAUUAAAGUUGUGUGAAAUCUUAUUAUUAGAUUAAUUUAUAUAGAUCCAAAAAUACAUCUUUAUAAAUGUUUGUCAAACUCGAAUUAUAUACUUAUACAGUGCUUGUUGAAUCAAA